UUCUUUCAGUUUCAUCAGAGUUCAAAAUGCAGCAGCUGGUUUCUUGCCUGGGUGUGUGGUUUUUCCUCCAGCUUCCCAACCUUGGUUCUGGAACACGUGUUGUCUACAAAGUACAGGAAGAGCAGCCACCCAAUACACUCAUUGGAAGUCUGGCAGCAGACUAUGGCUUCCCAGAUGUAGGGCAUCUCUAUAAAUUAGAGGUGGGUGCCCCCUAUCUGCGUGUGGAUGGCAAGACUGGUGAUAUCUAUACCACAGAAACUUCCAUUGAUCGAGAAAGCCUGAGAGAGUGCCAGCACUUGUUCCCAGGAGAUCCUUGUUUUCUGGAAUUUGAGGUUUCUAUCACAGACCUGAUGAAUAAUAGCCCACGCCUACUGGAGGGACAGAUUGAAGUGAUGGACAUCAAUGACAAUACACCCAACUUUGCAUCUCCUGUCAUCACACUAGCCAUUCCUGAAAAUACCAAUAUUGGUGCACUUUUCCCUAUUCCAUUGGCCAUGGAUCGUGAUGCUGGUGCCAAUGGUGUUGCUUCCUAUGAACUCAUGCCUGGUUCAGAUGCUCAGAAACUUUUUGGCUUACAAGUAGCAGAGGAUCAAGAUGAGAAACAGCCACAACUAAUUGUAAUGGGAAACCUAGACCGGGAGCAAUCAGAGUCUUAUGACUUAACUAUCCGGGUUCAAGAUGGGGGUAGCCCACCUCGUGCUAGCAGCGCUUUGUUGCGGAUCACCAUUCUGGACAUGAAUGACAAUGCACCAAAGUUUGAGAAACCAUUGUAUGAGGCUGAACUUUCAGAAAAUAGUCCUAUUGGUCACUCUGUACUGCAGGUGAAAGCCAAUGAUUCUGAUCAGGGUGCCAAUGCUGAGAUUGAUUAUUCCUUCCAUCAGGCUUCAGAUGUAAUUCAUCGGCUGCUACGCUUAGACAGAGCUACUGGACUCAUCACAGUACAAGGUCCUGUUGAUCGUGAAGAUAUUAAUGUGCUCAAGUUCUCAGUGUUGGCUAAGGACAAGGGAGCUAACCCCAAAACAGCCCGUGCCCAGGUAGUGAUCAGUGUCAGGGAUAUGAAUGAUAAUGCUCCAUCCAUUGAAAUUCGUGGUAUUGGUUUGGUGACUCAUCAGGAUGGCAUUGCCAAUAUUUCAGAAGAUGUGCCAGUUGAGACACCUGUGGCUCUGGUGCAGGUGUCUGAUCGGGAUGAGGGUGAAAAUGCUGUUGUAACCUGUGUGGUGGCUGGUGAUGUACCUUUUCAGCUGCGACAAGCCAGUGAUACCGGCAGUGAUAGCAAAAAGAAAUAUUUUCUACAGACCACUACACCUUUGGAUUAUGAAGCAGUGAAAGAGUAUACCAUUGAGAUUGUAGCUGUGGAUUCUGGUAACCCACCCCUGUCAAGCACUAAUUCCCUAAAAGUGCAGGUGAUGGAUGUCAAUGACAAUGAUCCAGUGUUUAGCCAGAGCUCAACAGAGGUGGCAUUUCCUGAGAAUAAUUCUCCAAAUGACUUGGUGGUAGAAGUGAGUGCUACUGAUGCAGAUAGUGGAUCUAAUGCUAAACUGGUCUACUCCCUUGCUGGAGAAUCUUUAUCAAAAGACACUUUCUCAAUUGAUCCAGAAUCUGGUGAAAUCCAUGUAAAAAAUGUGCUGGACCGGGAACAGCAAGAACGUUAUGAAUUCUUAGUAGUUGCAACUGACAAGGGUAGCCCUAGCCGCAAAGGAACUGCCUCAAUUGCCAUCAGUGUCAUGGAUCGCAAUGAUAACGAUCCAAAAUUCAUGCUCAGUGGCUACAAUUUUUCUGUCAUGGAAAACAUGCCACCGCUGAGUCCAGUGGGCAUGGUGACAGUUAUUGAUGCAGACAAAGGAGAUAAUGCUGUCAUUCAGCUGUCAGUGGAACAGGACAAUGGUGACUUUGUCAUCCAAAAUGGUACUGGAACCAUUCUCUCCAGUAUAUCUUUUGAUCGUGAACGACAAAGUACUUACACUUUCCGCCUUAAAGCUGUGGAUGGGGGAGACCCACCUAGAUCUGCUUAUGUGGGGGUGACAAUUAAUGUAUUAGAUGAGAAUGACAAUGCUCCUGUAAUUAUAUUUCCAUCCAAUGCUUCCUAUAAACAUAUUCUGCCUAAUACUAGUCCUGGGCAACAGGUUAUGAGUGUUGGAGCUGAAGACAUUGAUUCUGGAAUCAAUGCUGAAUUACUAUUUAGAAUUGCUGGGGGAAACCCCUUUGAACUCUUUAAGAUUUCAUCUGUAAGUGGAAAUAUCACACUAGAAAAAGAGAUUCUCCGCAAGCACCAUGGACUUCACCGCUUGGUUGUACAUGUAAAUGACAAAGGGAAACCUUCUCACCAUGGCACAGCAUUAGUUCAUUUUUAUGUGAAUGAAACAUUGGCUAAUCGGACACUGUUGGAGACUCUAGUAGGACACAGCCUGGACACACCUAUUGACAUUGACAUUGCUGGAGACCCAGAGUAUGAACGCAACAAGCAGCGCAGUAAUAUUUUGUUUGGAGUCAUUGCAGGCAUUGUGGCUGUUACCUUGAUAAUUUUGCUAGUUGUGUUGGUACGCUACUGCCGUCAAAAGGAGGCCAAAAGUGGUUAUCAAGCUGGCAAAAAGGAAACUAAGGAUCUGUACGCUCCCAAACAAAGUAGCAAAGGGAACAAAGCCAAAAGCAAAGUGAAAAAAAGCAAAUCCACUAAGCCACCAAAACCAACUGAGGAUGAAGAAGAAACAGGUCUGCAGAAAUCGCUUAAAUUCAACCUUAUGAAUGAUUCAGUAAGUGACAGUCCCCGCAUCCAUCUGCCUCUUAAUUAUCCACCUGGAAGCCCUGACUUGGGCCGCCAUUACCGUUCCAAUUCACCUUUGCCUUCCAUUCAACUGCAACCCCAAUCACCAUCUGCCUCCAAGAAGCAUCAGGUAGUACAGGACCUCCCAGCCACCAAUACAUUUGUGGGCACUGGGGACAGCAAUUCUACAGGCUCGGAGCAGUAUUCAGACUACAGCUACCGUACCAACCCUCAGAAAUACACCAAUAAACAGGUAGGAGAGAUUGUGCUGCACUCACCCACCAUUCCCUCAUGCUACAACAGGGCCAUAUGGACAGAGGUGUGGGAAUGAAAUGGACUUGGCCCAGAUUGCAUGAAUGGAUUGGCAGGAUGCAGGUUGGAGGACUGCAGUGUCCAGAUGCAUGUUACAUUCAUAGGACUACUUAGAAAAGAGGCUACCUUCAAUCCAGCAAAUUAAGGGUGCAAGUGGGGAGAAGAUUGUAUGAUUGUGGUAAAUCGGAGCAGGCUGAUGGCAUUUAGGGAAAUGAAUCCUACCACUUGGGUGCAGCAUAAAGAUUUGGGUUGUUAGUGGUCAAUGAUCCAUGCAUCAGGUUGUAUUCAGUUCUGAUGUUUUGUGUUCAUUACUAUAAAACAGGUGUUAAAGUAGAGCUGGGUUUGUUUAUGGGUCCCAUUUUCCAGUCAUACUUCCAUUCAGAUAUCAUUGAUUUGAAUCAUUGAAAGCAUUGAUUUCUUCUGUAGAAACUUGAUGCCACCAGAAUCUUAGUACAUUUACAGAUACAGUAUGGUAAAAUUGAACAAUUUUAAUGGAGAGACAUGGGCCAUGGAUAUAAGAUUUUUGCAUGCAGAAAUGGAAUUGACUCUAUAGCUAGAAUGGCAUGGGGAAUCUUUGCUGAGGGAUUAGAUAAUGAGCACACACAGAACAAAGAUUACUGCUGCUGGAAUUCAAAGCAAGGAAAACCAUCUGCUUCAAAACAUUUUGAUCUAUGAUAGAGAACAUGGCAGAAUAGAAAACUGAUAUAUAUUUUACAAACUGGGUAGCAUUUGGGAAGUAUUCUUAACCACUGAGGCUUUGGUAGGUACAGUUUUGGAUGCCAUGCUUCAAACUGGUUUCAGUUAGUUAUCAAUAAAAUAUGAAACAUUCAAGGAAUAGUGUUAAUCUUCCUUCCAUUGUGUCAUUAUUUCCUUUCUUUUGGGGCAUAUAUAUAUAUAUGCUAAUUUUCCUCCUCAGCUUUGUUCAGGUAAAGUAAUAACUUUACCCAUGAUGUGAUGUCAAUAAAUGUUUCCAUUGUUAGCUGAUGUGUUAUGAUGUGUUGGUCACUGAGUUUUGUGUGGCAAUCUAUAGUGCAGUGGUGGGGAAACCAAAUGAUGGGGAGGUGGAGAGGAGAGGAGAAUGGACAUGAUGACAUUGCUUUUGGAGAUCGUUGUUUCUGCAGUUGAAAUUACAUUAAAUUUUUAGUUACCAUAAAUGGUAAAAGCAAAUCAAAGGAACCAGUAUGAAUUUCACACAACAUAUAUGAGAAUCAAAUUGGAAUGAAGUUAUCACAGAAAAAAUUAUCUGAUAUUUUCAGAGAUUUAGUGUGCUGAUUAAAAACAAAAAAGUGUCUUUUUACAAAUACUUGCACUUUUUAAACCUAUCUCAGGGAACACCAAUUAUAGCAGUGAUUUUGUACAUAUUGUCAGUAGCAUACUGUUGGGAUUUUUAGAAGGUUUUUUGCCAAUCAUUUUGAUUAAUUAGACCUAAUAUUAUUUCACUAUUUUUAAUUUUUAUUUAAAACAUUA